GUGUGCUGUGCUGCUAUUGGUGCUGCCGGGAGCUCGGCGGAGAUCAUGGAGGAUCCGGAAAACCACAUGAAUUCAGUGACCUAUGAUGAUGUGCAUGUUGACUUCACUUGGGAAGAGUGGACUUUGCUGGACCCUUCCCAGAAGAAUCUCUACCAAAAUGUGAUGCUUGAGACCUACAUGAACCUCACUACUAUAGGAUACAAAUGGGAAAGCCAUAAUAUUGAAGAACAUUGUUCAAGUUCUAGAAUACAUGAAAGGCACAAAAGAAGACAAACUGGAGAGAAGCCUUCUGUAUAUACUCAGUGUGUUAAAGCUUUUACAUGUGACAGUUAUCUUCAAGGGCAUGAAAGAACUCAUACUGGAGAGAAACCCUAUGAAUGUAAUCAAUGUGGUAAAACCUGUGCACAACACAAUCAUCUUCAAAGGCAUGAAAGAACACAUACUGGAGAGAAACCCUAUGAAUGUAAUCAAUGUGGUAAAGCUUUUGCACGUCAAAUAAAUCUUCAAGUGCAUAAAAGAAUACAUACUGGAGAGAAACCUUAUGUAUGUGAUCAGUGCGGUAAAGCCUUUUCUCAUCACAGUACUCUUCAAAUGCAUACAAGAAUAAUACAUACUGGAGAGAAACCCUAUGAAUGUAAUCAGUGUGGUAAAGCUUUUGCAUGUCACAGUCACCUUCAAGUGCAUAAAAGAAAACAUACUGGAGACAAACCCUAUGAAUGUAAUCAGUGUGGUAAAGCCUUUUCUCAUCACAGUUCUAUUCAAAAGCAUAAAAGAACACAUACUGGAGAGAAACCCUAUGAAUGUAACGAGUGUGGUAAAGCUUUUGCAUGUCACAGUCAUCUUCAGAGGCAUAAAACAAUACAUACAGGAGACAAAUCCUAUGAAUGUGACCAGUGUGGUAAAGCCUUUUCUCAUCACACUACUCUUCAAAGGCAUAAAAGAACACAUACAGGAGAGAAACCGUACAAAUGUGAUCAGUGUGGUAAAGCCUUUUCUCAUCACAGUACUCUUCAAAUGCAUAAAAGAACACACACGGGAGAGAAACCCUAUGUAUGUGAUCAGUGUGGUAAAGCUUUUGCAUGUCACAGUCAUCUUCAAGUGCACAAAAGAACACAUACUGGAGAGAAACCCUAUGUAUGUGAUCAGUGUGGUAAAGCCUUUGCUCAGCACAGCACUCUUCAAAUGCAUAAAAGAACACAUACUGGAGACAAACCAUAUGAAUGUAACGAGUGUGGUAAAGCUUUUGCAUGUCACAGUCAUCUUCAGAGGCAUAAAAGAACACACACUGGAGACAAAUUUUAUGAAAGUAAUCAGUGUGGUAAAGCCUUUGCACAUCAAUGUAAUCUUCAAGUGCAUAAAAGGACACAUGCUGGAGAGAAAACCAAUGAAUGUAAGCAUUUUUAUUUUAGCCUAUGUACUUGUUAG